AUUAACCAGGUUACUCAUGGUCAAGCAGUGGUGCUGCAAAGUGCCCUUCAGAUCAUUCCUAAUCCUUCAUCUGAGUGCAUGCUCAGAAAUGUAUCAAUACGUCUUGCUCAGCAAAUAUCUGAUGAGGCCUCAAGAUACAUGCCUGAUAUAUGUGUAAUUAGAGCCAUACAAAAAAUUAUCUGGGCUGCAGGAUGUGGGGCAUUAGAGCUAGUAUUUAGUCCAAAUGAAGAAAUCACUAAAAUUUAUCAGAUGAACCCCAAUUCAAGCUGUGAGCCAAAGAUCGAAGAUGAACAGGUUUGCUGUGAAGCCCUGGAAGUGAUGACAUUAUGUUUUGCUUUGAUUCCAACAGCCUUAGAUACAUUUAGUAAAGAAAAGGCCUGGAAAACCUUCAUCAUUGACUUAUUAUUGCAUUGUUCCAACAAAACUGUUCGCCAGUUAGCACAAGAGCAGUUUUUUCUGAUGUGUACCAGAUGUUGCAUGGGACAUAGGCCUCUGCUUUUCUUCAUCACUCUACUCUUUACUGUUUUGGGGAGCACAGCAAGAGAGAGGGGUAAACAUUCUGGUGAAUAUUUCACACUUUUACGGCAUCUUCUUAAUUACGCUUAUAACAGUAAUAUUAAUGUACCUAAUGCUGAGGUUCUUCUCAACAAUGAAAUUGAUUGGCUCAAAAGGAUUAAGGAUGAUGUUAAAAACACAGGUGAAACAGAUAUUGAAGAGCCAAUCUUGGAAGGACAUCUUGGGGUAACAAAAGAGUUGAUUGCCUUUCAAACUCCUGAGAAAAAGUAUCACAUUGGUUGUGAAAAUGGAGGUGCCAAUCUUAUUAAAGAAUUAAUUGAUGAUUUCAUCUUUCCUGCAUCCAAAGUUUACCUGCAAUAUGUAAGAAAUGGAGAGAUGCCAGCUGAACAGGCUAUUCCAGUCUGUAGUUCACCAGCUACGAUCAGUGCUGGUUUUGAACUUCUUGUGGCAUUAGCUGUUGGUUGUGUAAAAAAUCUCAAAGAGAUAGUAGACUGUUUGACUGAAAUGUAUUACAUAGGCACAGCAAUGACUACUUUUGAAGCACUUACUGAGUGGGAGUAUUUGCCACCUGUUGGACCCCGGCCACCAGAAGGAUUUGUGGGACUCAAAAAUGCUGGUGCUACUUGUUAUAUGAAUUCAGUGAUUCAGCAACUAUACAUGAUUCCUUCCAUCAGGAACAGUAUUCUUGCAAUUGAAGGCACAGGUAGUGAUACAGAUGAUAAUAUAUAUGGGGAAGAGAAGCAGGACAUUGAGAUUAAUGUUGAUCUUCGAGAUGAUGUUUUUGGAUAUCCUCAUCAAUUUGAAGACAAACCAGCAUUAACUAAGACUGAAGAUAGAAAAGAGUACAAUAUUGGUGUCCUAAGACACCUUCAGGUCGUCUUUGGUCAUUUAGCUGCUUCCCGACUGCAAUACUAUGUACCCAGAGGAUUUUGGAAACAGUUCAGGCUUUGGGGUGAACCUGUUAAUCUUCGUGAACAACAUGAUGCUUUAGAGUUCUUUAAUUCUUUGGUCGAUAGUUUAGAUGAAGCUUUAAAAGCAUUAGGACAUCCUGCAACACUAAGUAAAGUAUUAGGAGGUUCCUUUGCUGAUCAGAAGAUUUGCCAAGGCUGCCCACAUAGAUAUGAAUGUGAAGAAUCUUUCACAACUUUGAAUGUGGAUAUCAGGAAUCAUCAAAAUCUUUUGGAUUCUUUGGAGCAUUAUAUCAAAGGAGAUUUAUUAGAAGGUGCAAAUGCAUAUCGUUGUGAAAAAUGUGAUAAAAAGGUUGACACAGUAAAGCGCUUGCUGAUUAAAAAACUACCUGCUGUUCUUGCUAUCCAAUUGAAACGAUUUGACUAUGACUGGGAAAGAGAAUGUGCAAUCAAAUUCAAUGAUUAUUUUGAAUUUCCACGAGAACUGGACAUGGAACCUUACACAGUUGCAGGUGUUGCAAAACUGGAAGGAGAUAACAUAAGCCCAGAAAGUCAGUUAGUUAAACAAAAUGAGCAGUAUGAAAAUGAGAUAGCACCAGACACAAAAUACAGACUUGUGGGUGUGCUGGUACACAGUGGUCAAGCAAGUGGUGGACAUUAUUAUUCUUAUAUCAUUCAGAGAAACAAUAAAGAUGCACAGAGAGAACGCUGGUAUAAAUUUGAUGAUGGAGAUGUAACAGAAUGCAAAAUGGAUGAUGAUGAAGAAAUGAAAAAUCAGUGUUUUGGUGGAGAGUACAUGGGCGAAGUAUUUGAUCAUAUGAUGAAGCGCAUGUCAUACAGGCGACAGAAAAGAUGGUGGAAUGCUUAUAUACUUUUUUAUGAAAGAAUGGACACAAUAGAUGAAGAUGCUAAGAUGAGAAGAUAUAUAUCACAGCUGUCUGUCAGAAGACCCUAUCAGAUUAUUAUGUCUCCAGCUAUUGAGAGAAGUGUACGGAAACAAAAUGUGCAAUUCAUGCAUAAUCGAAUGCAAUACAGUUUAGAAUAUUUUCAGUUUGUGAAAAAACUGCUUAUGUGUAAUAGUGUUUACUUAACUCCUGCUCCAGGACGAGAUCACUUAUUGCCUGAAGCGGAAGAAAUCACUAUGAUUAGUAUUCAACUUGCUGCUAGAUUCCUGUUUACUACUGGAUUUCACACAAAGAAAAUUGUCCGUGGCCCUGCCAGUGACUGGUAUGAUGCCCUAUGUAUUCUUCUCCGUCACAGCAAGAAUGUGCGCUUUUGGUUUGCACAUAAUGUACUUUUUAAUGUGUCAAAUCGUUUCUCUGAAUACCUUUUGGAGUGCCCUAGUGCAGAAGUGAGGGGUGCAUUUGCAAAGCUUAUAGUAUUUAUCGCACAUUUUUCCUUGCAAGAUGGGUCUUGUCCUUCACCUUUUGCAUAUCCAGGACAUUGUACUCAGAUAUAUGAUAACUUGAGUUUGAGUGAUCAUUUACUAAGAGCAGUGCUAAAUCUUUUGAGAAGGGAAGUUUCAGAAAAUGGACGUCAUUUGCAGCAGUAUUUCAAUUUGUUUGUAAUGUAUGCCAAUUUAGGCAUGGCAGAAAAGACACAGCUUUUGAAGUUGAGUGUACCUGCUACUUUUAUGCUUGUGUCUUUAGAUGAAGGACCAGGUCCUCCAAUCAAGUAUCAGUAUGCUGAAUUAGGCAAAUUAUAUUCAGUGGUGUCACAGUUGAUCCGCUGUUGCAAUGUCUCAUCAAGAAUGCAAUCUUCAGUCAAUGGUAAUCCCCCUCUUCCUAAUCCUUUUGGUGACCCUAACUUAUCACAACCUAUAAUGCCAAUUCAGCAGAAUGUGGCAGACAUUCUAUUUGUGAGAACAACUUAUGUGAAGAAAAUUAUUGAAGACUAUAGUAACUCUGAGGAAACCAUCAAGUUACUUCGUUUCUGCUGCUGGGAGAAUCCUCAGUUCUCAUCUACUGUCCUCAGUGAACUUCUGUGGCAGGUUGCAUAUUCAUACACCUAUGAACUUCAGCCAUAUUUGGGUCUACUUUUGCAAAUUUUACUGAUUGAGGAUUCCUGGCAGACUCACAGAAUUCAUAAUGCACUUAAAGGAAUACCAGAUGACCGAGAUGGACUGUUUGACACAAUCCAGCACUCUAAGAAUCACUAUCAAAAAAGAGCAUAUCAAUGUAUAAAGUGCAUGGUAGCUUUAUUUAACAAUUGUACUGUUGCUUACCAGAUUUUACAGGGUAAUGGAGAUCUUAAGAGAAAGUGGACCUGGGCUGUAGAAUGGCUUGGAGAUGAACUGGAAAGAAGACCCUAUCUUGGGAAUCCACAGUACACAUACCAUAAUUGGUCUCCUCCAGUACAAAGCAAUGAAACAUCAAAUGGUUAUUUUUUAGAAAGAUCACAUAGUGCUAGGAUGACACUUGCAAAAGCUUGUGAACUCUGUCCAGAGGAGGAGCCAGAUGACCAAGAUGCCCCAGAUGAGCAUGAAACCUCUCCACCAGAAGAUACCUCUUUGUAUCUCCGUGUAUCUGGAUCUCAAUAUCAGCAGAGUACUCAUGUGCAUGGACAGCCAUAUAUAGGACCAGCUGCUGAUUGCUUGAACAGCACUCAGAAAACUGGCCAACAAACAGAAGAAAAUUACGAAGCCAAUGAAGAAGUAUCCUUAUCUCAAAUAAAGAAUCAAUGAAAUACAUACCAUUAGCUGGUUGUUAAGAUGCAAUACUCGGGCCUUACAGGCCAAAAUUUCCAUGCCUGAGUAAUAUAUUAAAAGUAGAGAAGCUAUUCCAAGUCAACAUGGAAUUGAGAGUCUUUUCACGGUCACAUACGCAGAAAUUUGCUAUCAUUAUAAACUGCACACAGGAUAAGUGUAUAGUGUUUUAUAAUAAACGGCUAUAAUACUAUUUAAAUGGCAAAGGUGUAUAUAGUAUAUUAAUGUUUGUUAAUUCUUAUGCAAAAACCUUUCUGUGAAAAAGCUAUAUACAAACACAAAAAUAAAUUCUCUUAGUGCCCAUUGCAUUCUGCAACUAGUGUUGCUUGCCUCAUACACAUCAACCUGUUUACGAAAAACAAGAGAGAAAAAUAAGGAACAUAAAAUAGCCUUUCCACAUCAAUCCAAUCAACAGUUCUUUUUAAUUCUUGUUUUAGGAUAUGUACAUCUUGUAGGUAACUUGAAUUAUAUGUUGAUGUGGAAUUCUUCUGAUGUAUUAUUCCUAGAUAUUUUUCUUUAUAUUUUUAUUUUGAUUUUAAGUGGAUCACUUUAGUUCUGUAGUCAUGUUGUAACAUUUAGCAUGACUUCUCACCAGUGGGAAGAGAAUUAUCCAACUGAUAGAAGUUGUCCAAAAAUGGCAGUUUUAUCAGACUCAUUUUUCAUACAUCUUAAGAUAAAUAUGAAAUGGAGAGGAAUGUGACAAGCAGUUUUUAUUGCACAUAUGUUCAUCACAUUUAAUAUUUGAUGAUUCAGUAGCUUCAUGGGGUAAAGAAUAUUGGUAGGAAUUUUGAAGUAUGAGAACAAACGUUUAAAACUUCACUAUGCCAGAAGGUAUGAGACAUAAUGAAAGACUGUAUUUUGGUGUGUACUUGUUCUGGUUUUUUGGCUCUCUUUUUGUUAUAAUUUAUUAGAUAUAGCUUCAGAAACUUUACUUCCGUAUUUCCCACAAAGUGAACAGAAACAGUAAUCAUAAUGCUUUGAAAUGCCAUUGUACCAAUAUUAUCUCUGAAAGCAAGACUUAUAGUUGUUUUUCCAUUGUUUCAAAACUCUUAUUGUUUGAUGGUAUGUUUAAUAAAAUAUGUUCUUCUGUCCAACUAGCAUAAAUCAAAAGUGCCAUUUUUAAAAUAGACACUUGCUUAAGGAUUCCAAGAAACUUACGAGUUAAUGCUUUGUUAAGAAGAGAAUUGGUAACUUUUGAAUGUAUACAUAUUUUGGAACCUAUCAAAAAACCAAGUAUCUGCCAACAGUUAUAAUAUGUCUAUAUAUUACUUAAAUAUUUUGCUGUUUUGUUUUAUAGAAAUUAUUUUGCUGAAUUCACAAAUAGAAUUUGAUUUAAAAAGAAUUUUGUCUCUUUACUUUCUUGUUGUUUCUUAUAUUCUUAAAGAGUACACAUUAAAAUUUUAUUAUUUGUAUAGUAUGCAUUACAUUGAAUUCAACAUUCCAGACAUGGUGAAUUUUUGUGCAUAAAAAUGACUUUACUAAGGAUUUAGAAAAGCAAUUACAUUAUUACAUUGUAAAACAUUUGCUGUCAUAUUCAGUCUGUCAUAUUAUGACAUUUUUAUAAACCCAGUUCUUGUUAUUUUAAUAUUUAAGUCUUGUCAAGGCACCAUAAGUACCAAAUUAGUGAAUCUGGACUCAUUUCAAAUGCCUAAUCUUUUUCUUUUUUUUAAAAGCUUUUAUUCAAUGAAUACGCUUUUCAUAGGUACAACUUUAGAAAUACAGUGAUUCUUUCCCCCAUACCCAUCCUCCCACCCUGACUCCUGUCCCACCCUCUACUCCUUCUCCUACUGAUUAUGUAGAAGUGUGUACUGAAGUCUUUCACCAAAUUUGUACCUUUUUGAAUAUAUAUGUAGAUAGUGUUUUCUGUAAAUAACUUAUUUCCCUCAAUUCUCUACAAUUUGUUUAAAAGAAUAAAGUCCAAAGUUAAGUCUAGUCUUGUUAACCUAGGAAUACUUCUGCCUUACUUAGAAAUACUCGUGAUUUUUAUAACAACAUUCUUUAAAUGCAGUUUUAAUAAUUUUCAAUUUAAAUAAGGUUAUCUGAAUUUCAAAAAAAAAUAACAACCAGAGAUCAUAAGAGUUCAAAGUAUUGAGAUAACACUUUUUGCAGUUCUAAUAUGGCCUUUAUUUCUCCAUUUGAAAACACAUUAUGGUGAUGGUAUAGAAAAGACUUCGUAAUUUUCCAAUAUAAAAUAUACAACUCUUCCUCAAUGCAAAUAAGCCACUUGCUGGGUUUCUGUUUACUUGGGGAAAUAUAACAACAGUCAUAUGGAAUUUGUCUGCCAGAUAUGUCUAAGAAUUUGACCAUAUGGAUGAGUCUUUGGAUCUUUGUUGGAUUUAUAAACUUUAAUUAUUUGUUUUUUGCUUUUUGUGGUUUUUUGUUUGUUUGUUUGUUUUUUGACAGAGUGGACAGUGAGAGAGAGAGACAGAGAGAAAGGUCUUCCUUUGCCGUUGGUUCAACCUCCAAUGGCUGCCGCGGCUGGCGUGCUGCAGCCAGCGCACUGCGCUGAUCCAAUGGCAGGAGCCAGGUGCUUCUCCUGGUCUCCCAUGGGGUGCAGGGCCCAAGCACCUGGGCCAUCCUCCACUGCACUCCUGGGCCACAGCAGAGAGCUGGCCUGGAAGAGGGGCAACCGGGAUGGAAUCCAGUGCCCUGACCAGGACUAGAUCCCGGUGUGCCGGCGCCACAAGGUGGAGGAUUAGCCUAGUGUCAUGUGUUUUAAUAUAUAUAAAUCCACCUUAGUGUAUUCUUCAGCUUCAAUAUCAUAAAUAAUGCUAUACUCAGUGCAUGGAACAAAUGCAAAUUAUGGUGGUAACUAUAGACUAUCAGUAAAUCUAUACUGGAAUCUCCACCUGAAGGCAAACUGUGGUUGGCUUAUUUCCAAGAUUAAGACAAAAUAUUUGCAAGAUCAAUCACCAAAUAUCAAUACUUAUAGCCUCCUUUAUUGGCACUAUUAAAAGCAAGGUCAGACACUGUAUGGCACUAUUUUUUUUUUUGUUUUAAUGAACUGCUUCCUUUUUUGUGGAUCACACAGAACUUUUGCACAAAAAAUUCAUUUGUUCCAACCUUCUUUCUUUAAUUAGGGUUUUAAAAUGGCAGUUGCUUUCUAUCCACAAAAAUAUACUAAACUAAUCAAAAUAUAUACUCUUUCUGAGCUCAUAUUAGACAAUUUUGGUUGUUCCAAUUAGUGUAUGAAAGACUAGCCUGAGAUCAAACUUAAUGCCUUCUGUUUAAUUACACUAACCCAUGCAUGUGCUUUCAGAAAAGUUUCUUUUCUUCUCACUGGAGUCAAAUGAGAAGAUAAAAUCCCAAUGUCAAUUUUCAUCUUUAAUUUUUGAGACAAGUAAACCAGGUUUCUCAUUGUUAUCUUUGUAUUCUGGGUUUUUUUCCCCCACUUGAAAGAUUGCAGAUUCCCACUGAUCUCAUUUGUUAGGCAUAUAAAGAUUUCCAUCCUGGGCCCAACUUUCUAUCACAGCAAAUUAAGCUACUGUUUUCUUAACAGCAAGUUAAGCUGCUGCUAUCAGAUUAUUGGCUGAAAUCCUGACUUCACUGCUUCCGAUCCAGCAUCCUGCUAAUGCUCCUGGAAAGGCAGCAGAAAUGAUUCAAGUUUCUGGGACCCUGCUAUUCACUUCUGAAACCUAGAAAGAAUUCUAGAUUCCAGGACCUGGCUUUUGAAGCCAUUUGGAUAUUGAGCCUGUGAAUGCAAGAAUGCUCUUAACUUCUCCCUCUCUGCCUUUUAAAUAUGUGUUUAAAAAAAAAAAAAAAAAGCCAAAAGACAUCAAGUCCAGACGUGGCUAUUGUGUCUAUUCCAUUUUGAGAGUGAUCCAGUGAAUGAAAUGUCUGUCUUUCACUUUUCCUCCACUCUUUUAAAUGAGUAAAUCUAGAAUUUCUAUCCUACUGGAAUGAAUAUUUCUGUUUCCUUUCUCUUUUUGUGAAUUCUAGUUUUCUUAGAAUCUAGAGACUCUAAAAAGAACAAUGAGACAACAAAUCCAAUAAGGCUUCUUGAAUUGUUGCCCAGUUUUGCAUAAGUAAGCUUACAUAGAAUGCCCAUGCAAGAGGAACCCCCUGAUUUACAUGACUUGGGUGUCAGCAUCUUUAUUUUAUGAAAUCAAGCAAUCUAGCACUGCUUGCAUAUAUCAUUAGCUUCCUACAGAGAUUGAUUUGCCAUCAGCCAGAGGCAGAGGGAAGGUGGAGCGAGACAAUCUCUGGGUACACAUUUUAGUGUUAUUUAUCAGGAAAUUUGCCCUCUUCUAAAUAAUUUCUUGAGUAUCUGAAUCAUGUUCAUCAUCAGUGAUUUUUCAGUAGACCCUGCAUCAAACCAAACAUGCAUUCAAAGCGAAAAUACUUGAAUUAGUCAUUUUCACAAUUCAUUUAGUAAAGAUUGUUCAUGAAGCUGACACUACCGCUCCAAAAAAGAAUUAUGGACCUCCUUACCUCUAGAGCUCUUGACUUUGUAGGGUCUUGAUUUUAUCUUUACUCUAUUGAACUGUUGUUUUGCUGACUUCCAGUUACACAGUUGCUAUAUGUUAUAACAUUUUUUGAAGAUUGAUUUGUUCAAAAGGCAGAGUUAGAGUGAGCGACAAAGUGAUCUUUCAUCAGCUGGUUCACUCCCCAAAUGGCUACAGCACCAGAGGUGGACCAGACCAUAGACAGGAUCCAAGAAGUUCUUCCAGGUCUACCACAUAGGUGCAGGUGUCCAAAGACUUCAUUGUCUGUUUCCCAGGUGCAUUAGUAGGGAGCUGGAUUGAAAAAAGUAGGAAGUAGGAGUGGACCUGGCACCUAAUUGGGUGGUGGAUUUACUCAUUAUGCCACAGUGCAGUCCUACCAUGUGUUCUCUCAGUGUAUUUUUUUCCCAAAGAAACCUUUUAUUUAAUGAGAACAACUUUCAUAAGUACAACUUUAGGAUAAUUCCCACUGUACCAACAUUCCCUCUCCACUUCCUCCUCCUCUCACAUUCCCAGUUCCAUUCUUCAUUAAGAUUAGUUUUCAAUUAACUUUAUACACAGAAGACCAACCCUAUACCAAGUAAAGAUUUCAGUAAUUUGUACAUAUACACACAUAGAAACACAAAAUAUAAUAAACUGAGAACAAGUUUUAUAGUUAAUUCACACAGUACAACUCCUUAAGGACAAAAGAUUCUGCAUGGGGAGUAAGCUCACAGUGACUCCUGUUGGUAAUUUAUCAAUUAAAACUCUUAUGGAAGAUGCCAGUGAUCACUUGAGCCUCUGCCAAGGUUAUGGAAGUUUUUUGAGUACAUAAUCUCCAUCAGUAUUUAGACAACGCCAUAAGCAAAGUGGAAGUUCUUUCCUCCCUUCAGAGAAAAGUACAUCCUUCUAUGAUGGCGCUUUCUUUCCACUGGGGUCUCACAGAGAUACUUUAUGUAGGACAUUUUUUUUUCUGCCACAGAGUUUUGGCUUGCCAUCUCAGGGCUUUCAGCCAGAUCAGAAUGCCUGGAGGGCAGAUUCUGAGGUCAACAUGCAACUUUAAGUGAUUGUCAUUCUAUGAGGCUGCUGUGUGGACUGGUUGGAACAUUCUCUCCUUUUUAAUUCUAUUAUUACAGACAUUUGAUCUUAUUUGUGUGAUCCCUUUAACACUUGAUCCCAUCUACCUAAUCACUUUAACACUUAAUAUGGAUACUUUAACUGUUAAGAUAACAUUUAUACAACCCAGCUUAAGGGAUUGGGGGUCCCCUGGCAAGUUUUUAAAUUAUAACCUUAGAAAUAAGCCCAUAGGAAUGUAUGCAGAACUAUUCAGCUAUACAAUUACAAACUUUCUCCUCUCACUCCUACUCUUAUUUUUUACUGAGAUCUAUUUUUGAAUUUAUAUAUGUAUGAUUAAUUCUAUGUUAAACAAAGGUCAACAAACAGUGUGAAGAAGAGAGAAAAAAACUUGUUCCUCAACAAUCAAGGAAAAGGCUGUUUAGGUCAUUGCUUCUCGAAGUGUAAUUUCAUUUCUACAGAUUUCCUUUUAUGUGCUCUAUAGGUUAUCACAGAUCAGUGAAAACAUAAGACAUUUGUCCCUUUGCAACUGGCUUAUUUCACUAAAUAUGAUGUUUUAGAGAUUCAUCCAUUUUGUUUCAACCAACCAGAUUUCAUCCUUUUUACUGUUGUAUAGAAUUCCACAGGUUAAAUAUCCCAUAAUUUUUUAAGAUUUAUUUAUUUAUUUAUUUGAAAGAGUUACACAGAGAGAGGAAAGGCAGAGAGAGAGAAGUCUUCCAUCCACUGGUUCACUCCCCAGUUGUCCUCAACAGCUGAAGCUGUCCCACUCUGAAGCCAGGAGCCAGGAGCUUAUUUCAGGUCUCCUAUGCGGGUGCAGGGGCCCGAGGACUUGGGCCAUUUUCUACUGCUUUCCCAGGCCACAGCAGAGAGCUGGAUCCUUAGUGGAGCAGCCAGGUCUCAAACUGCUAACACUUCAGGCCAGGGCAUUAACUUCCUGCGCCACAGCACCAACCCUUCCCAUAAUAUCUUUAACAGUUGUCUGACAGGAUUUUGAUCCAUGUCUUAGCUAUUGUGAAUUGAGCUGCAAUAAAAAUGAUGGUAGAGGCCGGCACCUCGGCACACUAGGCUAAUCCUCCACCUUGCGGCGCCAGCACACCGGGUUCUAGGCCUGGUCGGGGCAAUGGAUUCUGUCCCGGUUGCCCCUCUUCCAGGCCAGCUCUCUGCUAUGGCCCAGGAGUGCAGUGGAGGAUGCCCCAAGUACUUGGGCCCAGCACCCCAUGGGAGACCAGGAUAAGUACCUAGCUCCUGCCAUUGGAUCAGCUUGGUGCGCCGGCCACAGCACGUCGGCCGCGGCAGCCAUUGGAGGGUGAACCAACGGCAAAGGAAGACCUUUCUCUCUGUCUCUCUCUCACUGUCCACUCUGCCUGUUAAAUUAAUUAAUUAAUUAAUUAAUUAAUAAACAAACAUGAUGGUAGAGAGAGCUCUUCCCUAUGCUGAUUUCAUUUCCCUUUGGUAAAUUCCCUGGAGUUGGAUGGCUGGUUCAUAUGGUAGGUCUAUAUUCAGAUUUCUAAGGUAUUUCCAUACUGUCUUCCACAAAGGGCUAUAUCACUUUACAUUCCCACAAAGAGUAAAUUAGCUUCUUUUCUUCCCACAUCAUCAUUGUUGAUUUCUGUGUGAAUGCCAUUCUAACUGGGGAGAGGUAAAAUUUCAUUCUGUGGCCAGCGCUGCAGCUCACUAGGCUAAUCCCCUGCCUACAGGCGCCGGCACACUGGGUUCUAUUCCUGGUCGGGGCACUGGAUUCUGUCCCAGUUGCCCCUCUUUCAGGCCAGCUCUCUGCUGUGGCCCGGGAGUGCAGUGGAGGAUGGCCCAAGUCCUUGGGCCCUGCACCUCAUGGGAGACUAGGAUAAACACCUGGCUCCUGCCUUUGGAUCAGCGCACUGCGCCUGCUGCAGCGCACCGUCCGCAGUAGCCAUUGGAGGGUGAACCAAGAGUAAAUGAAGACCUUUCUGUCUUUCACUGUCUACUCUGCCUGCGAAAAAAAAAAAAAAAAAAACUCAUUGUGGUUUUCAUUCACAUUUUCCUGAUGGCUAGAGAUCCUGAGGAUUUUUUCAUGUGAGUGUUGGACAUUUGGGUCUCCUCUUUUGAAAAAUGUCUAAUUACUUUGCCCAUUUCUAGACUGGGUUGUAUAAUUUGUUGUGGUAGAGCUUCUUGAUCUCUUUGUAGAUUCUGGUUAUUAAUCCUGUAUCAGUUGCCUAAUUCAUUUUUUCCAGAUGAGAAUAUCUUUCGUAUUUUGAUAGGUAUAACAGUGAAUCUUUAAAUUGCUUUUGGGAGAAUGGACAUUUUGAUGAUAUUGAUUCUUCCAAUCCAUGAGCAUGGAAGAUUUUUCCAUUUUUGGUAUCCUCUUCUAUUUCUUUCUUUUGGUUCCCAUCAUAGAGAUCUUUGACGUCCUUGGUUAAGUUUAUUCAAGGUAUUUGAUUGUUUUUGUAGCUAUUGUGAAUGGGAUUGAUCUUGGCAGUUCUUUCCCAGCCAUGUCAUUGCCUGUGUAUACAAAGGCUGUUGAUUUUUGUGCAUUAAUAUUACAUCCUGCUACUUUGCCAAACUCUUCCAUGAGUUCUAGUAGUCUCUUAGAGUUCUUUGGAUUCCCUAAGUAGAGAAUCAUAUCUGCAAAGAGGGAUAGUUUGAGUUCUUCCUUCCCAAUUUGUAUCACUUUAAUUUCUUUUUCUUGCGUAAUAGCUCUGGCUAGAACUUCCAGAACUAUAUUGAAUAGCAAUGGUGAGAAUGGGUAUCCCUGUCUGGUACCAGAUCUCAGUGGAAAUUGUUCCAACUUUUCCCCCAUUCAAUAGGAUGCUAGCCAUUGGUUUUCCAUAAAUUGCUUUGAUUGUAUUGAGGAAUGUUCCUUCUGUACCCAAUUUGCUUAGAGUUUUCAUCAUGAAAGGGUGUUGUAUUUUAUCAAAUACUUUCUCUGUGUCUCUUGAGAUAAUCAUAUGGUUUUUCUUCUGCAGUUUGUUAAUGUGGUGUAUCACAUGGAUUGCUUUUCAAACAUUGAACCAUCCCUGCUUAUCAGGGAUAAAUCCCACUUGGUCUGGGUGGAUGAUCUUUCUGAUGUGUUGUUGCAUUCUAUUGCCAGAAUUUUAUUGAGGAUUUUUGCUUCUAUGUUCAUCAGGGAAAUUAGCCUGUAAUUGUCUCUCCGCUGCAUCCUUUUCAGGUUUAGGAAUUAAGGUGAUGCUGGCUUCACAGAAAGCAUUUGGGAAUUUGGGAAUUGUAAAGGCACCAAACAGAUGAGCUUUCACUACAUCUCAAGGAUCUAGAAAAUCUGUAGCAAACCAGACCCAAAACUAGUAGGAGAAGAGAAAUAAUUAAUUUCAGAGAAGAAAUCAACAGGUUUGAAUCCCAAAAAAAAUCACAAAAAAAGCCAAACGAGGAGCUGGUUUUUUGAAAAAAUAAACAAAAUUGACACCCCACUGGCCCAACUAAAAAAAGAAGAGAAAAGACCCAAAUCAAUAAAAUCAGAGAUGAAAAAGGAAAUGUAACAACAGACACCACAGAAGUAAAAAGAAUCAUCAGAAAUUACUACAAGGACAAGGCCCUGUAUGCCAGCAAACAGGGAAAUCUAUCAGAAAUGGAUAGAUUCCUGGACACAUGCAACCUACCUAAAUUGAAGCAGGAAGACAUAGAAAACCUAAACAGACCCAUAGCCGAGACAGAAAUUGAAACAGUAAUAAAGGCCCUCCCAACAAAGAAAAGCCCAGGACCAGAUGGAUUCACUGGGGAAUUCUACCAGACAUUUAAAGAAGAACUAACUCCAAUUCUUCUCAAACUAUUCAGAACAAUCAAAAAAAAGGGGGGGGGG